AUGUGGCUCGGGACCCCCAUCCUGGUCCUCCUCCUCCUCCUCUUCAGGGCCGGCCGAGGGGACCAGGAUUGCAGUGGCGCUCCGAACGAGAGCUGCCCCCAUCAAGACAUCCAGAGGGGCAGAGGCAUCACAGAGAUCCCCAAGUCGGUUUCUCCCGUUGUCACUGAAAUGUUCUUUAUUGAGACCAGCAUUGGGGAAAUCAGGCGGGGGGCCUUCGAGAACAUGUCUAACCUGGUGAAGAUUGAAUUCAUAAACAGCAAGGUUGAAAGAGUUGAAGCAGGAGCUUUUGAUAACUUGGAGAAAUUGGUGGAUUUGGAAAUCACGGGGGCCGAGUUAGAGGAUCUCCCCGUGGGCACCUUCCGGUCCCUGAAUCACCUGCGGAGAGUGAACCUGAGGGACUCCCAGGUGAGAAGGAUCGAAAAAGGGCUGUUUGAUGGUCUUGGGGGUUUGGAAGAGGCUUAUCUGCACCGGAACGAAAUCGCCUCCCUCCCUGACGGAGUCUUUGACGGGCUCCCCAAACUCUCCUUGUUACAUCUGGGGCGGAACCAGAUCUCCAACGUCUCUCCGGACCUCUUCAAGCAACUGACCCAGCUGAAGACUCUCCGGCUGCAGAACAACCAGAUCGGGAGUCUGGCGGAGGGGACCCUGGACAGCCUGCAGGAUCUGGUGGAGCUCAAUCUG